AGCUAUGCCGGAAAAUCCUGAACCUAAUGCCAGGCUCAAAAGAAAACCGCAGAAUCGUCCUGAUUCUACAACAGCCAGACGUACCAGGAUGCUCAGAAAAAUCAAGAUAGAAGACGAUCAUUUAAAGAAGAUUGCUGAUGAAAUUAUGGCGGAAAAGAGGCGCCUUUGCAUCAAGCGCGAAGAGCUGGCUUUAGCCCUGCGUGAAAAAGAACAAGCAGAAGUCGAAGAAGCAGAACAGUCUUGAAGCUGAGUCCGUGCGGUGAUCUUCAGUGACUUAUGGAGAGACCGUGAGCUCUCUUUAUCAUCACAGUUUCAUUUUUGAGUUGUUGAUUUUGUUAACCUAUCAUGAUCACUACCAAUCAGGUAGUGCACGAACACUGUAAACAAAUGUAAUUUUCUCUCGUUUACAUAUUGUGACAUGUUUGCGUGGCGAAACUGCUCCCUGCCUGAACGGUUUUUGGCCAAUCGUAAUGAUGCAACGUAUUGAGUGCAGACAAUGCGAAUUGCGGUUAGGUUUUCGAACCAUCUAUGCCGAUGUGGCAAAUUGACUGAAAUUCUUGUUAUCGCUUCUGCAGUUCUGAAUUGUGGGUCAGUGGCGCAUUAUGC